UCCAAGCUUCUGUACCGUAAAGCAGGACGGGAAUGAUAAGAGACUUGUAGAGCUUGAUUUUGGUUCGUCGAGAGAGGACUUUACUGUUCAAUUGCCUACUCAGUCCAAAGUAGCACCUGUUGGCAAGAGUUAUUAUGCGCAGGAUUUCGAGGCUGACAUUGUUCGUGUUGUUGAUGCUGGUUCCCAGGUAUACGAAAUUAUCUACGACCUCGAAGUUAUGACUGUCAACAGUGACGUGGGAGCCAAGACGCGAAUGCGCCGACUGUUUGCUUGAUGACAGGAGAUAUUUCGUCUUGUCCUCAUUCACCUCCAGACCCAUUCGCUUCGCCUCCUUAUCCAUGCGGGAAAAAGCAGAACAAACGGCGCGGUUGUUGCUUCCGAUGAUAUCAAUAUCAUCGGCGUACGCCAGGAGCUGUACAUUCUUGUAGAAGAUUGUACCUUCUCGGUUUAUCUCUGCAGCUCUUAUAAUUUUUUCCAGCAUCACGUUAAAGAAGUCGCACGAUAGUGAGUCACCUUGUCUGUAACCUCGUUUGGUAUCGAACGGCUCGGAGAGGUCCUUCCCAAUCAUGACGGAGCUUUUGGUGUUGCUCAACGUCAACUUACACAGCCGUAUUAGUUUUGCGGGGAUACCAAAUUCAGACAUCGCGGCAUAAAGGCAGCUUCUUUUGGUGCUGUCGAAAGCAGCUUUAAAAUCGACAAAAAGGUGGUGUAUGUCGAUCCUCUUUUCACGGUUUCAAAUACUUGAAUAUAAUAUGCUACCUUUUGUUAAGGGGAAUUGCCUUUAAAAUAGGGACACCAGCAAGACAAUGGCCCCAAAUAUACACUUGGAAUCGUUUUCGGACAAUGUUGUUUAAUAUAUGGGUUGGCCUGUGCAAUAAAUCUCAUACUACGUUCGGACCGACAUUGAAAACCUCUUGAAAACACAAUUUGUGGAUUGUGGAACCAAAGUCGUUCUGACCGACUUCCUACCUCUCACCGCAGGAAUUUAUUUUUUUGUACUUUUGUUUUUUCUCCAUUCUUUUUUAAAAUGUCAAGAAAUAUCAGCUGACAAUGUGGAUGGCAAAAUAUGUCUUCCAAUUAUAUCGACUAAACUAGAGCAGACAUCGAUUAUAAUGAGUGCAAUAAAGUUUGUGGAAAACUUUCAAGAGGCACAUAGGACAAAAAGUUCCAAAAUCAAAGCUGAUUUAUGUAAAAAUUAAGUUGAUCCCCGAAGAUGGAGUCAUAUGUAGAAGUUCACGUAAGUGAGGAAAGUUUCUGACUGUCAUUCACUUGGGAGUGGCCAGGAACGAUUCUUUUACAUGUGGCUCAAGCAGUUCACGACUUCCGGUCUUAGACCAAGUAUCCUCUGGGUAGCCAACAGACAUCCGUUUGGAGGCGAGCUAAAGUGAGAAGGCGAAUCCCGCUUAUGCGGUUGUGCGUAGGGUUUGGGACCCACCACAUAAAAACACCCCCCAAUGAAAAGAAAGAAACAGCCUCGGAUGAGAGACCCCAAUUUUGAUGACGACCACUGCAAACGUUUAAAGGACUACGAAUUAAAGGCAUGCACCUGGAAUGUCCGGACCCUUAAUUGGGAAGGUGCCUCUGCCCAGCUGGUUGAUGUCCUCGUAAGAGUAAAAGCUGACAUCCCCGCAAUCCAAGAAAUGCGAUGGACGGGACAUGGACGGAAGAAGAUGGGUCCUUGUGACAUCUACUACAGCGGCCAUAUAAAGGAGCGCAAAUUCGGUGUGGGAUUCGUGGUGGGAGAGAGACUCCGUCGUCGAGUUCUGGCAUUCACUCCGGUGGAUGAACGUCUCAAAGCGAAGUUCUUCAACAUAUCGCUGAUUUGCGCCCACGUGAUCAAAGAUACCUUCUAUGAGCGCCUAGAACGUACCUAUGAGCGCUGCCCCCGCCACGAUGUCAAAAUCGUGCUUGGCGAUUUCAACGCUAGGUUGGGUAAAGAAGGUGUCUUUGGCCCAACAGUCGGAAAAUUCAGCCUCCAUGACGAAACAUCACCAAACGGUCUGAGGCUGAUCGACUUCGCCGGGACCCGAAAUAUGACUAGAUUCCAGUAUAAGAAAAUCCAUCAAGCUACUUGGCUGUCCCCGGAUCGAAUCACUCGCAACCAGAUCGAUCAUGUUGUGAUAGAUGGACGACAUGUCUCCAGUGUUUUUGAUGUGCGUACGCUUCGUGGUCCCAACAUCGACUCGGACCACUAUCUUGUAGCAGCUAAGAUACGCACCCGCCUCUGUGUAGAAAAGCGCACACGUCAACAAACACAAGGAAGGUUCGACUUCGAGAAGCUGCAAUCACUUCUGCUGUCUGAGAGCAGAGGUGAUCUAGUUAUUGAUGACCAGAGUAUACUGAGUUUGUGGAGGGAACACUUCUCCAGCCUGCUGAAUGGCAGUGAAAGUACAACACCAGGAGAUGGCGAACCCGAUUCCCCAAUCGACGACGAUGGAGCAGAUGUUCCAUUGCCCGACCGUGAAGAAAUUCGAAUAGCAAUUACCCGCUUGAAGAACAAUAAGGCGGCGGGGGCCGAUGGAUUACCGGCCGGGCUAUUCAAAUACGGCGGCGAAGAGCUGAUAAGGUGCUUGCAUCAGCUUCUUUGCAGAAUAUGGUCGGAAGAAAGCAUGCCUGACGAUUGGAAUCUCAGUGUACUCUGCCCAAUACACAAAAAGGGAGACCCCACAAUUUGCGCCAAUUACCGUGGGAUAAGCCUCCUCAACAUCGCGUAUAAGGUUCUGUCCAGCGUAUUGUGUGAAAGACUAAAGCCCACCGUCAACAAACUGAUUGGCCCUUAUCAGUGUGGCUUUAGACCUGGAAAAUCAACAACAGACCAGAUAUUCACCAUGCGCCAAAUUUUGGAGAAGACCCAUGAAAAUAGGAUCGACUCACACCAUCUCUUUGUCGACUUUAGUUCUAAAUUUAAUCAAACCGUGUUGGGAAGGCAAAUAACUGGAAGUUGCAGGCAGCAAUACAUACGAAAGCACAUGUAUCCAACGUACCUGCGUAUUACUCCAAUUCGCAUCUUUAUACUUAUUUCGGAUAUAAAAUGUUAUAUAUAGAUGUUUCAACGACCUCAGAUUAAUUACCUUGUUUCAGCACAAACUCACGCUCAACACGCAUACAUAUGUGUAUGCAUAUAUGAAGAAAAUUACAAAUUUCACAAAUAAAAUACCGCGAUAUAGAAGACGCACGAUACAGAAGAGGCACAACAA